GGAAACAUGACUUUUCAGGUAAAAAUAAAGGUAAUUAAAAUCUUGUUAAAUUUUUGUUUGAAGACUGCUUAAUGUCAUGAAAAAUGUUCUCCAAGCUUAUUUUAAUGUUUUCAAAAGUUUUAAUAGGCCAAUAUGCAGAUUUAUCAAGGUUUUCUACAUUUUAAAGAAUUUAGUGGUUCUACAGUGUUCCAUAGAUCCUUAAAAUCUGUAGAUGUUUUCAUUUCUUUCCACACUGAUUUCAAAGUACUAUCUGACCUAAAAAUAAUCUUUAUUAUAUAAAUAACCAAGUAAACUUGUAAAUUGAAUGGGAUAUUCAAGCAUGUCCUUAAAAAAGUAUUAAGAAAAUCUUCAUUAUUCAUUAUUGAUAAUAUAGAGUUAUCUCCCCUGGUAGAACUCUUCUGAUCUAAAGCACACAUGUACACAGGAAGUAUACACAAAUGGGAGAAACUUUGCAGACGAUAUCAGUGAUCAACAGUCAGUGUUAAAACAAUAGUUAUGGUCUGUAAAUAACCAUGUCCUUCUGUAGCUUUAAAAGCUCACAGAUAUGUGAAUGUGUAGGUGAAAAUUCCCCACUGACUUCUUUGUCAUCAGAAUUGCAGUCCAUUGUUCUUACUGAGGCUGGUCUACUGCCAAGUGAUAUUACACAGAAGUUUCAAGUGUGCAGUGAACAUUUUCACAGGUUUUUGAAUAAAAACAAAGCAGGUUGCAAAUCAAAGAUAUGUGGAAUACCUGAUAUAAUUUCCUCUCACAACAAAGACAACAAAAUAUAUGGAGGAUGGUAUGGGGUAAAGGCAGACAGAAAUGUAUCUUUGGAAAAAGUGAAAGAGAUUCAUGCUAGAACAGGAAUCAUAGUUCCAGUUGGAACUCCAAUAUGUCCAAGAUGCAGAAAGACCCUUUAUUGUGGGCAAUCCACUUCAUGUAGCGUGGCUGAAAUUUGUGCAAAUUCUUAUGUAAGUUUUAAUGGUAGUACAUGCUAUUAUUUUAUUCAGAGUCAAUGUACAUGUAUGUAUGGUAUCUCUAUCCGUUAAUGGGCUUAAUUGUAUCAGUCCUACUGUCAUACAUGUCAUAUAAAGGGGUAUAUCAAACAUCAUGAUACAUUCAAAUAGUUUACCCUUGCACUGAAAGUCUGAAUACCAAAAUAAUUUAUAAUGAUUCUCCCAAUUUAUUUUUAUUAAAAAGAUAUUAAAAUAUUUGUUGAAUAUUACAUUAAAGUUAAACAAAAAU